AUGGAUGCACUAAGUCAGCAGCUGGAGGCUUUGGGCCUCCAGCUGCAGCCCGCUUGGCUCACGAGUUGCGUGGCGCACCUGCAGGCCUCGGCGCCGGGCUUUGCCGCCUUGCCUGUGCAACACAAGGCCAAGCAUGUCCUCCAGCAGCUCCUGCACAGCGAUUUGAACCAGUGCGGGGCGGCCGCCCUCCCGCAGGAAGUGCAGGCCCUGCACGAUACGGUGCUGCCCGGCAAGCUGGUGCUGCAAGUGGACGAGGUGGUCAACAUCGGGGUGGCGGUGCGGGAGCGUUACUCGGGCAACGACGGCAGCUCGCGCUGCCUCAAGCUGCUCCUCACCGACGGUGUGCAGCAUGUGGCGGCAAUGGAGUACCGCCCCACGCCAGCGCUGCACUCUGCAAUGCCGGCAGGCACAAAGCUGGUGGUGCAGGGCGCGGCGGUGCGGCGCGGCAUCCUGCUGCUCACGCCCCAGACCUGCGCCGUGCUGGGCGGACGGGUGGCGAGGCUGGAGGAGGCGCGGCAGCGCAUGGUGGCGCACUGGACGCAGCCGGCAGUCGGCAGGCGGGGUCCACCACCCAGCAUGCAGGAGGCCAUGGCAGCUGCCUCGCGGGCAGCAUGGGCCGCCGAUCCGGCCCCCGGCAGCGCUGGGGCCCACCCCGCCCAGCAGCAGGCGGCGCAGGUCCCAGCAGCCGCCCCGCAGCGCCAGCUGGGGGCACCGUCGCAGCAGCCGACGCAGCUGCUGUCCCACCAGCAGCAGGCACAGCAGGCGCAGGGAGGCGGCCCCGCUGGCAACCGCCUUCAUGCAUCUCAGGCGGCAGUAGCAGCGGCAGGCCGAGGAGCUCCGCCAGUGAGAGCUAUGGCCCAACAGCAGCCCCAGCAGCAGCAGCAGCAGCCUGCACAGCCCCUGCUGCCACGCCCCGACAGGGCUCAGCAGCACAACAGCGGCAGCGGCGGGAGCUUGAGUUUUGGACAGCCCACACUGCAGCACGAGCAGCAGCAGCAGCAGCAGCAGCAGCCAUCCAGGCAGCAGCAGCAGCACUCUGGCCAGAGCUUCAGCUUUGGCAGGCAACGGGAGCAGCAGCCGCAGCACGCUGGCCCAGCACCAGCACCCGCACCGGCAGCUGCUCCACUGCAAGAGCACAAUCGCGCCGCAGCAGCAUCAGGGGGCCAAAAGCGCAGCCGUCUGGCCCUGCGCCAGCCGCCCACCCAGCCCGAGCGAGCACUGCAGCCAGCGCAGCCGGCGGCAGAUGGGCCAGCCGCUGCUGCGGACUUUGCAUUCGCAGAACCCAUGCAGCAGCAGCAGCAGCGGCAGAGGCCUGCAGUGCCUGGCGCAGAGCCUGCAGCAGCGCGGGUCCAGGCCCGGGCGGCGCCACAGCUGCUGCAGCGCCCGCGUGACGCGGCCAGGGGCGGCGCAGCAGCCAGCGACCUGGCAGCAGGCACGCUCGACGACCCAAUCUGCUUGAGCGACGAUGAGCAGCAGCAGGUGCCCGGCAGCGGUGAGGGCGACGGCGGCACGGCAGGUGGCGUGGACGUGGAGAUGGCUGAAGCGGAGCAGCAGGAGCCUGGCUGGCAGGAGGGCGACGCGCUGGAGCGCGAGGAUGAGCUGCCGCCCUCUCGACAUCUAGAACCCUGGGAACGAUUCGAUGGCGGAAUGGACGAGCAGCAGGAGGAGCAGGGGGCAGGGCAGGUGGCGGAGGCAUAUGGGAAGUUUUUGCCAAAAGACCCUGGGCAACUUGCGGAUGGAGGUGGCGGCAACCAGGGGGGUGCCGCCACCGGCUGCCGGCAGGAGGCAGGUGGCGACGCGAGCGAUGAUGGAUGGGAUGAGGAGGAGGAGGAGGAGGAGGAGCAGCCGCCGCCCAAGCAGCAGCCGCGCCUGGCAGCAGGCCGCAACGCACCAGCAGCAGCUGGCGCCCCUGCUGCUGCACAACUGCCAGCAGGGCCUGCGGGCACCGCAGGGCAGUGCCCCCGGCGGCGCAGCGGCCAGGCAGCCGAGCAGACCCUGCCGCCGCUGGGCUCCUCUCCAGCCGACGGCGCAGCGUCCAAGCCCCAGCAGGCUGCCACGCGGCUUGGUGCCAGCAAGCUGGAGCAGCAGCCUUCCCCACCGUCAGGGACGGAUCCCUCGCAGCAGCAGCAGCAGCAGCAGAAGCAGCAGGAGGCCUUGCAGCCUGCUGUGCCACAGCUGGAACCUCCCGACCCCAGCCUGUUUGACGUGGCACCGUCCCUGACAGAAGUGCUCUACUCCGCGCAGCCCACACCUCCGCAGCCGCCUCGAGCCUCCCUGCCAGCUGGCGCGGCGGCAGCAUCAGCUGGAGAAGGAGGAGGGAGGGCAGCAGCAGCUGGCGGCAGUAGGGGUGGGGCGCUGCCCAGCAUGCCCCAGCUUCAGCCACCUGGCACCAGCCAGCAAAGGCCGGCAGCGCCCAGCCUGCUGCGCCUGCAGCAGCCCGUGGGAGCGCCAGCAUCGCCAGCAGCGCCGCCAGCAGCAUCGCCAGCGGAUAGUGACGAGGACAUGCCCUCAUUCGACCUGCUGCCUGACCUCAGCCCCGACAAGCCGCAACAGGGUGCUGGGGGCAGUCGCAGCGGCACGGACGAGCCCUUCAUUUACCUGCUGCAGCUGAGCCAGCGCGCCGCCUCGGCAGGCAAGCUUGCCGGUGCGGAGGCCUUCCCGCUGGUGGCCACCAUCUUUGGCACCGUGAAGACGUUUGUGGGCAGGCUGCAGUUCAGGCACCCGCAGACGGGGCAGCCGCAGUACUUCAUCCAGAUGACUGUGGAGGAUGGCAGCAUGGUGGUUGGGGCGCGCCUCGGGGCGCAGUUCCUGCGGGAGCUGCUGGGGCUGGGGCCACAGCAGCUGGAGGCCAACCUGGCUGAUGCCGGCACCAAGGCUGAGGCGGCGGAGCUGGUGCGAGGUGUGGUCAAGCUCCUGGUCUCCUACAGCGGCCUCAUGGCAGUGAGGCUGGAGGCCCCGGGAGCGCAGCUGGAGGUCACUAACCUGCAGUGCGACUUGACUGCGGAGCAGCUGGCGGCGUUCCAGCGCCGUGCCACUGCCAGCAUGUGA